UUAGGCAGCCGCCUAUGGCGGCACUUGAAUUUGGGGCGGCAUUUUGACAAUUGGCUGCCGCCCUUCGGUGCCCCUGAUCGGCUGAUACACCGCCGACGGCACCCCAGCCACCAGCUCAUAGCGUUGCUGCAGUUCCCGCCCUCACCCCAUUCCAUUUCUCCCAAAGUUCACUCCCACUAUCCUUGGUAGCUAUAGUGAUGUGUGUGUUUAUAUUGAUUUAUCCAAUUGUGAAACAUUAAUACAAAUGAAUCUGCCAAUUAAAUGAUUGUUUUGUUUUAUAUGUUUGUGUAUGACGAAGACGAUUAGUGAUUAAGGCAGUAGCCUAACCUAGCCUGUUAAUAUUAGCUAGCUACUACUAGUGGAUAUAAUUUUAGCUAAAAGUAAGCUAUAGAGAUUUGAAACAAUUUGCUACCAUGUCUAAGAGACAAAAACUAUCAGGAAGCGAAUAUAAAAAAACGAAUGAGAAAAGAGGCACAGUCUCUAAACCAAAGAAAUUUGCUGCUGAAAUUGAUCAGCGUGCAGCAAUGUCCAUCAGCCGGUGUGGAGAAUGACAAGCCUCCGAGGACAGGCCAUUCCUUCGCCGAGAACAACGAGCCCUCGUUCGCUGAUUCUAGCAGCGAAGAGGGCAAACCGGAGGAGUCGGAGCCAUGCACUUCCACUGAUGAUGACAGCUCUCUGGCUGGACAAGAUCAGGUGGUUGCACCAGGCCUAGCCACACCUCCAAACAAUGCCGGCGAAGAUCCUACUAUCUUGGACCCGGACUCAGAUUCGUUGAUCCUCGUCCCAGAUGACAGU